GUAUUAUGUAUAUUUAUUAUGUGUGUGUAUAUACUACAAACAUGUUUAUAUAUUGCAUAUAUUUAUAGUAUAAAUUCUGUUUAUAUAUACUGUAUGUGUAUAUAUACAGUACACAAAAAAUGUAACAAAUUAAAUGACAGAUGGACCCAUAUUUGCAUCUAAAGAAACAUACGACAACUGAGAGUUAAAAUUUUUCACAUUUAUUAUAUUUUAAAGAAAAGUACCUCGUCUUUCUACUGUCGCAACGGUCUCCUAAACGCUAGGUGGCGAUAGCGUAGAGAAAGCGUGAUUCAUUUCAGCGAAUCGGUUCGUUUCAGUGAACCGACGAGUCCCGGCGCGAACUCUUUUUGCAGCGAAGUAUUAAGUCGUUGAAUGUCACUGCUUAUCACUAUAUUCGCGAACUCAUCGUAUUGAUUAUGUAAAGUGUUCACGCUAACUAAGGAGCGAGCGUUUUACGAACUGUUCACGAAUCGAUUCAAUCGAAUCACCAAGAAGAUUCACAUUCGCGAAUCGCCAGUGCAUGAACGCGAGAGUUGAAGCUGUCUGAAACGCGCGGCUCGGAUGUGAAAUAUCAAUAUGAUUAAAGCUCUUUUUAAAGCUUUUGCGCUCAGGUGGAAAUCCUACAGGCACAGAUUCGUCCCCUGGAUAGCGUUAAAUCUGCAGAAAAAUGAGAGAACUCUCCGUCAGGUGAAGGAUCGAUCCCGAGACAAGUUGGUCGAGGACGAGGAGGUGCUCCGGGCUCUCGUGUGUUUAUUCACGCGGCUCCUGAAACGCCAGCGCGAGCUCCCUCGGUCCACGCCCGUUCCCGCCGAACGCGACGCGCUGAUGCUGAACGCUCUGGGCUUCUGCGUCGCGCGGAAGCGCAGCUCUCUGCCGUUCGCGGGAAACGGAGUGUUCGUGACGCAGGGUCGCGCGCCGAAAGGAACCGUCGUGGCGAUGUAUCCAGGAACCAUCUAUCAGGCGGGGGAGCCCAUCUUCUUCCAGUCGAUCAGAAAUCCGUUUGUGUUUCGUUGCAUCGACGGCGUUUUGAUCGACGGCAACGACAGAGCCAUCUCUAAAACAGUGUACCGAUCGUGCAGCGGACGGGACAGACUCGGCCCCUUCCCUCUGAGCGACUGCUCCUGGCUGACCUCUGACCCCGUCAACCCUCUCGCGGUGGGACAGUACGUCAACAACUGCUCCAACGAAAAAGCGGCGAACGUCUGCUAUCAGGAAUACGACGUGCCCCGUCGGUUUCCUCUCGAGCUCCGCCGGUUCCUGCCGAACGUCAACUACAGAGCCGAUACUCGAAGACCUUUGCGCUGCGUGGUGCUCGUGUCGCUGAGGGAUAUCGAUUGUGGCGAAGAGCUCUUCUCCAACUACUACACAAUUGUGCAUUAAGACUUAAAGUCUGUUUGUAUUGUACGUAUUAAAUAUGUGGAAAACGAGCAA